GAUAUGACGUCCUGCAGUAUGGUUUCUCUUUGUAGUCUGAGGGUUGCAUCUUGUGGAAUUGCUUCUCCUGCUGCUCAAAAACUCAAUACUGGAAUCAGUCGACUCAGCUUUCCCAAAGAUUUCAUCUUUGGAACAUCUUCUGCUGCCGCUCAAUAUGAAGGUGCAGCCGCAGAAGGAGGCCGCAAACCAUCUAUCUGGGACCAUUGGUGCACUCUCCCAGAUAAGAUCGAUGAUGGAAGCAAUCCGAGCAUUACCAUGGAUCAGUAUCAUCGCUACAAGGAAGAUGUGCGGUUGCUAAGCGAUCUCGGGGUCAAUGCAUAUCGUUUCUCUAUUUCUUGGACCCGUCUUUUCCCAGAUGGCCGGGUCAAUCCGGAGGGCUUGGCCUACUACAACAGUCUCAUCAACAGUCUCCUCGAGCAUGGAAUCAAACCCUUCAUAACCAUCUACCACUGGGAUCUUCCCCAAGCGCUGCAGGAAUCCAUGGGUGGAUGGACCAACAAAGAGAUAGUGGACAAGUACGUGGAGUUUGCAGACAUAUGCUUUGCAGCAUUCGGGGAUCGGGUGAAGCACUGGAUUACAUUUAAUGAGCCAUGCCACUCUCUUAAAUACUGCUAUGCUGAGGGCAUAUGGCCUCCUGGAGUGAAGUCAGACACCGAGGUCUACAUUGCAGGACACAACACGCUACUGGCACAUGCUGCUGCUGUCAAACGGUAUAGAGAAAAAUACCAGGCCAAACAAGGAGGGAAGAUUGGAAUCAGCCUCGACGGCUUCUGGUAUGAACCUGUGUACCAGAUCCCGCAGGAUGUAGCAGCUUCAUACCGUGCACUAGAUUUUAAUCUUGGAUGGUUCUUGAGCCCCGUGGUGUACGGAUACUACCCCGAGACAAUGCGAGCUAACGUGGGCGGGAGGCUGCCACAUUUUACUGAAGAAGAAGCAAGGAAUUUGAUGGGCUCGAUUGAUUUCCUUGGACUUAACUAUUACACGUCUAUGUACGUGAAAGACUCGCCAUCGGACAUCUGGCAACCAGCAGGCUACAACACAGACAUGCGAGCCAAAACAUUAUUUGAUGUAGAUGGGAUUCCCAUUGGACCGAAGGCGUAUGAAACGAGCUGGCUGAGCAUUGUGCCGUGGGGAUUUUACAAGCUCCUCAACUACAUCAAGAAAGAAUACAAUAACCCCACCAUUUUUGUCACUGAAAACGGAUUCAACCAGGUGCACGCUCCUUAUAAGGACUCAAUGGAUGAUAAUGAGAGGAUUCAGUACCUUACAGGCCACUACACCAACAUGGCGCAAGCAAUAAGGGAUGGUGCGGAUGUUCAAGGGCACUUCAUAUGGUCCUUUCUGGAUUGCUGGGAAUGGAAGUCCGGGUACACAAACCACUUUGGGCUAUUUUACGUUGAUCGCAAUACGCAGGACCGGCUGCCCAAGAAAUCUGCAUAUUGGGUGAAGAACUUUUUGAAGCCUGAUCGUGGCUUGAUUCUUCCGAGCGCAACUCCACCACUGGUUCAGCCUCUUGGAAAAAAUGUUGCCCUCGCACCAGCUCAGGCAGUCCAGGCGUUUUAGCUCAGCUCGUGCAAAAUAAAGAAAUUCACCUGUGUGGUCGUGGGCUGAAAUAUGUUUAAGAAAGUAUUCGGUCUUAGGGGCAGUCGAAAUACAAGCUAACCAAGUUGCAAGACUGAAUGCGUCCUAUAAACACAAACAAGCUGUUCAUAGAUCCAAAUACAGCUACAGCAAAAUUUCGGCCUGCA